GAUACUUCAUUCUACAAGUUCGCUAAACCGAUUUCGGACGCUUUUUGGUGAGUUGUGAUAUCCGUCGACAGUGUCAAAACGAUGGCGUUUCGCGAGCAGCAGUACCUCGACCGAAACUUUGACUAUAUCUGUCGAAUGCUCGAUCUGCUCGGGCAAAACGUUCUCGAACCCAACUAUCGUCCCAACUGGCGAACCGCGUACAUCACUUCGAUCGUCGUGAUCGUCAUGAGUGAGUUGGUGUAUCUGCUGUGGACGGAACGAUCGGAUCUGUUUGCGUUUCUGCAGGUUCUACCGACGCUUCUAUUUUCAUGCAUAGGCGUACAGAACGUUCUUGUUUGCGCCUUACGGUCUGAAAAGGUUCUUGCCCUGCGGACCAAACUGACCGAGAUUCUGAAAAUCAUGGCUGAAACGGAAGGGAACGGUCCGAUUCUCUGUAAAGGUCUGCAGCUAUCUCGACUGUUGCAAAAGUGUUUGAUGGUUCUUUAUGCGUUAGCGGCAGUCGCCGGUAUAAUUGUGCCACUUAUUAUAUGGGCAGCGUGGGGCAAAAAGAUUCUUUUGUUUACGCCUUUUGUCCCAAAGGCUGACCCAAGUACUGCCGUGGGAUUCGUAGAAACCUUAGUGUUCCAGGGCUACAUACUGUUGGGAGCUGGUACAAUGUACACGGCCCACGAAUGUAUGUUUAUUGCAUUCAUCAUGCCUUACGCAGCAUACGUAAACGCAUUCUGCAACGAGAUCAAAGAGCUGAACUCGAUGUUGGUGGCCCUUCCGGAAAGUGACGAUUCCACGAUCCAAAACCAACUACAUCGGAUCGAAAAGCUGCACCAACUGUUGAUCGAGUACGUAUCCAUGCUGCAAGAUCUGUACAACUCCUAUAUGCUAAGCAAAGUAGCUUUAAUUUAUCUGGGAGUAAUCAGUGCGAUCCUCGUGAUAUUGACAUUUGCCGAUCCAAUGUCCUGCAUUUUUCUGGCACUUUUAUUCGAAAAACUAACCAAAAGCUGUCUGAUGGGAACGAUCAUCACGGUAAAGGUAGGCCUGUUUCCCUGGAUCUUGAUCUCUAACCUCAACAUCAAUGUGAAUUGCGUCUUGUUCCAGAACGAACAAAUCAUGGACCACAUCUACGACAUCAACUGGUUCCGGCUGUCCGCGGAUCAGGCAAAGCAGGUCGGCUUUAUGCUGCACAUGUCGCAGAAUCCCACCAGCAUCACCAUCGGCAACUUGGCACCGCUCAACGUCGAAAGCUACAUGAGUUUGGUCAAGUCGAUCUAUUCGUACGUGAUGGUUUUGAUUACCUUUUUGGAGUAAAUCCGGUUUAGGUAAAAAUAAGUAACUGUGCAAAUUUUGAACCAAAUCGCUUUUUAUCGUUGAAGUUUGUAUGGGAAAACAGCAACAA